CUGCGCGGCGGGGGUGAAGGGUCGGAGGUGGCGGCGCGGCCCCGGAGGUGGAAGCGGUAGCGGCGCCGCCUGCCGUUCUCUCGUCCCGCAGGAGCGUUUCCCGCGUGGGCCUGUGCUUCUCGGGCCGCCAUGAGCCUGCCCCUCAACCCCAAGCCUUUCCUGAACGGGCUGACGGGGAAGCCGGUGAUGGUGAAGCUGAAGUGGGGGAUGGAGUACAAAGGCUACCUCGUUUCCGUCGACGGCUACAUGAACAUGCAGCUUGCGAACACAGAAGAGUACAUUGACGGUGCGUUGUCUGGACACCUGGGCGAAGUCUUGAUAAGGUGCAAUAACGUUUUGUACAUCAGAGGUGUGGAAGAAGAGGAGGAGGAUGGAGAGAUGAGAGAGUAACUUUUUGUAUGUCUGGAAAUAAACUUUUUUUUUUGUCCUCCUUGUUUUCCAUAACUUCCCACAA